UUUGAAAGCAUUUUAUAGCUGCUGUAGCAAAGUAACAGCGAAUUGUGCUGCGAAAGUCUAAUAAUAAUAAUAAAAAUAAUAAUAAUAAUAGCGACAGAGCCAGUCUCUGAGCGUUGAGGACAGUCUGUUAAUAGGAUAAUGUAGCCUCUUAUUUAUGACAACCGGUGUUUUUUUCCUCGGAACUUUUGUCGGGAACUAUUGAAACUACAGUAUUAACGAGAGAACAUCAGAAAGUGAAGUUGACUGAUCUUAUUUCGAGGAAAAUGCGACUGCAAGAAGAGUCUUAAGCCAUGCAGGAUCUAUUUAGUCUACAAAGCGGUUCUGCUCCAUUUGUCCAGAAUGCCAACAGCCUCCUCGUUAUUCCAAAAACAGUUUUGUGAAUUCCAGCCGGAGCAGCACACUACACAGAUAUCCAGCUUACUGAAUGCAAGAGGUGCAUGAGAAGGAAGAGCAGCCACCCUCACUGUCUGCUAUACGGCAACUUUAAUGGUUUCCUUUGCGGUUUAUCAGCAUCAACAGACUGCUGCAGGGGAGCGAGGUGAGAAAAAAAGAAGAUUGCAAGAUGGUAUAGUGAAUGCAUCUCCACAGAGUUCAAGAAUGACUUCGACACCCAAGAAAGAGGCUCAGGUUCGGCAGCUUGAGGUCAUGAAGCCCCAUUCCCCAGGCAUGGACAUGCAGCUUACCGGUAGUGGGACACUAACUGCUCCCACCAUGGAGCCCAAAGCUGUCUGUAUUCCUUCACCUUACAUGGACAGCACCCAUGACUACAAUGCGCUGGCUUUCUAUAGCCCAGCCAUGCUUGGGUACAACAGUAACUCAAGCGGCUUCCCCAACAGUCCAGCAGUGCGCCAGACACUUAGCCCUUCAGUAUUUUGGACCCAGCCAAAUCACAUUUCGUCCUUAGCUAUUCACUGCCAACAAGCUUUAAUGUAUCCAGACUCUGAGAGGAGCCACUGGGGCGAGAGCCGGUCACGAGAGCUGAUUCUGGCUGUGAACAGCAAAGAGAAUAAGCAAAGGGAAGAAGAGCCAGGUUUGCUGAAGAGCUUCCAUGAUUCCAAGCAGGACAUGCAUUAUUGUGCAGUCUGCCAUGACUUUGCUUCUGGUUAUCACUAUGGAGUCUGGUCAUGUGAAGGCUGUAAGGCCUUCUUCAAACGCAGCAUUCAAGGACACAAUGACUACAUUUGCCCUGCCACCAACCAGUGCACAAUAGACAAGAAUAGAAGGAAGAGCUGCCAGGCUUGCCGUCUGCGGAAGUGCUAUGAAGUUGGAAUGAUGAAAUGUGGUACAAGGAGAGAACGCUGCAACUAUCGCAUUCUACGACACAAACGACUUUCACAUGGGCAAGUACAUCUUGAAAAUAAAGCCUGCCGAAUCAGAGAGACCUGCCCAACGUUUUUUAAAAUGGCACACUUCACCUGUCAAGGCCCAGAGCAGCUUCUGAUGUCAAUAAAAGAUGCAGAACCUCCCAGUAUCCAUAUAAUAGACUACACAACAAAGCCUUUCACUGAAGCAACCAUGAUGAUGUCAUUAACACACCUUGCAGACAAGGAACUUGUACACAUGAUCAACUGGGCCAAAAAGAUUCCGGGAUUUCUGGAGCUAAGCCUAUAUGAUCAGGUGCGCCUACUAGAAUGCAGCUGGCUAGAGGUCCUCAUGGUGGGUUUGAUUUGGAGGUCAAUCGAUCAUCCUGGAAGGCUGAACUUUUCACCAAACUUGAUUUUAGACAGGGAUGAUGGAAGCUGUGUAGAAGGAAUCCUUGAGAUAUUUGACAUGCUCCUUGCCGUUACAUCACGCUUUCGACAGCUGAAGCUCCAGCGUGAAGAAUAUCUGUGUUUGAAAGCCAUGAUCCUGCUCAAUUCAAAUAUCUUUCCUGACACCUCAGAGAAGUCAGAAGAGAAUGAAAGCAGAAGUAAACUCUUUAAACUACUGGAUGCAGUGACUGACUCACUGAUUUGGGUAAUUGCCAAAAAAGGCUUGACUUUUCAGCAGCAGUCAAACCGCCUGGCAAACCUCUUGACGCUGCUCUCCCAUAUCCGACACGCUAGUAACAAAGGCAUGGAGCACCUGUACAAUAUGAAGUGCCGGAAUAUCGUGCCACUGUAUGAUUUGCUGCUCGAGAUGCUGGAUGCACAUACACUAAGCUUCCCAAACUCAUCGAAAGCUACCCGAAGCCUUGAGGAUCCCAAGGAGCCAGUGACCUGUUGUAGCCGGCCAAACAUCCUUUACCACGAAGAAGCUCUUUAAAAUGGCUUGGUGUCCUAGAAAUGGAUACAUUUCGCCCACGGCCUGGCAAGCAGGUCAAAGAGCCGGUGCACUCUUGCUUGGCCAAUAUAGCAUUCCUUGUUUUGUUGUAAUCGACAAGGGUCAAGCCGCUUACUGGGACUGAAUGCUACGCGUACCACCUCCCAAGCCACUCAUGAACAGUUCUGGUAAAGGAAAUCUUCCCUUGAGGUUUACCAAAGCAGCUACUUCAGCAUGGAGAAACCAACAGAAAAAUUACCUUAAUUGGGAGCUUCAGACAGCUGUGUUUUUAACAGCGACUGCUUUUUUUUUUAUAAUAUUAAAACUUAUUGAAACGUAUUUUUAUUUUCUGCAAGUCAAUGAUCAUAUAACAAAAAACAAAUUUGUUGUGAUCUGUUUUACUAAUUAAUAUUUGCCUCUUUUAUUAUCAGUGUGGUGGGAAUGGGAAAUAAUGGUACCUGACUUGGGGACAAAUGAUUACAUGCUUGUAUUCCACAGCAGUGUUUCUCAAAGUCAUAGCUGUAAAUAAAAUAAAAAUGAUCUCUCUCGGUUAAGCUGUAUUUAAUAUAGUGCCUUUUAUAAUUGUUUUUAUGUUGAAGUGUCGUCAUGCAAGCAAUUUGUCAAAACAACAACACAACAGCUAAAAUCUAAUAACUGACUUGCCUUUACAUUAUAUUGCUUUUCAUUUAAUCAGUCAGUUUAACCAAAGUAACAAUAUUAGAAUUAUGUAAUUGACAGAGACACUAAAUGAAUGGCAUCUCUCAUUAGUGGUUUUGAAGAUCAGAGAUCACCUAUCUGAUCAAGUUAUGGUCAACAGGCAUUAUGGGUAGUAAUUUAUAGCUACUUACCUCACACUUUUUUGAGAGGUUCUGAAAUUACAACUAAACAAACUUAAGAAGUCAAAUCUGACUGUACUGUAGUAUAACUUUUUAUGUUUAAGGGUCUCGUAACAUUAAAAUUUAAAGUGUGAUGACCAAGACACAAAGAAUAGCAUCUUUUCUCAAUAUAUUUAUGACAUGUCAGCUGUAGCCUAUUCAUUCAUACUUAACUGUCAUGAUCAAUUAGCACUGUGAGCUGCACAUUUCAACUGCAGUCAUACCCCAAAAAAAUAAAUAUCAGCGCAUACUAGAGCACGUUUCAUAAUGGUGACUAUUUGAAAGACAGGAACAGUAUUCAAGAGAAAUGAACUGUUGUGCUAAAAGAAUACACCCUGCCUGAGUACUUCUGUUGUAAUCAUGAUGUAUUUACUUAUUUCAGAUCAAUGUGACACCAUCAUUAGUAACCAUCAGGGUCAAUAAGAGUAGAAAGCAGUAAAUUACUCCAAUGCUUCUCAUUUGCUUUUCAAAAUGUUCUCAUUCAAAUCUUAACUAAAUGCAUUGAAAAUGUUUGUGUGUGAUACUGAGAAGGUCCACGUCUACAAUGCAAACAAAACAGUAACAUGACAGCUAAUGCAAAACUGUAAAAACUUUCCUUUUAAUUGAUCUCUUCUAUUGUAAGGCACUUUAACACAGCUACAGUAUUGUUUUAAAUGGACUAAUUCAUACAUUUUUAGUGCUGUCUGUUCCUAGCCUAUACAUUUCCCCUCAAUUUAUAAGUGAUGGCUGCUGAAAGAAUUACAAUUCUAUUUAAAAACUAUUCUUUCUGUGUUAUGGCACUGGCUCUUGGUUAAUAAAUUGUUGAUCAGCUUCUUUUUUA